AGUCAGACCCAAUCCCUUCUCCUUCUCUUGCUCUGCCUCCUCACUCACUCUCACUCUGUCUCUGUCUCUGUCUCUAAAAUUCUUCUUUCGGUCAUAAAAUUCGACUGCAACUGAGAGAGAAAGGAAUGGAACAGAGCAUAAGCGCUUGCCACGACUUCGACUCUUUCGACGAAGAUGAGACAGAAGUCGCCGCAAUUUUCUUGGAGCUUCCUGAACUGAUCUCGAAAUCGAGCUCUGAUUUUCGUUCUGAAAAUUCUGUUUCUUGGUCACGCAAAAAAAGGAGAUCUGGAAUUCAAGACAGCUUGUCUCGAUUUCGUGAGCCUUCAUUACCGUUGCCGCCACUACAACCACAACCACAACCACGGAGAGAUUUUAUAGCUAAUGUGAAUUCUGGGCCUCUGGAGGUUGAGCCCAAGGAACCCAAUGUCAAGGUGGUCCAGGCUACGAGCCCUGCGACGCCUCUCUCGUUCUCGCCCAGUGAGACCGACGAGAAGCGUGAAUGCUUCAAGACAAGACGCUCUCACAAUAAGGAGAAAUUGAUGAUGGAAGAGACGAUAGACCAGAUAAGCUUGAACAAUGAAGUGCUUCAAAUGCAAUGCAAAACACCAUUACAGGAGAUAGAGAAUGUGAAGCGUCAUCAUCAUAAUCUGCAGACUGAAAAUAAGCUGUUGAAAGCAAGGAAAACAGAGAUUUUUGGUCUUGUAACAGUGGGGCCCAGUUUGAAUCUGUCUUUGCAAUUACCCCCAGCCACUGUGAAAUCCCCAUUUUUGCUUCCUUCGCAACCGUUGAUAGUUGAUCGGACGGGUCAAGCACAAAGCCUAACCUUGUUUAAUGGGGUUCCUGAUCUGAAUGAGUCCGUCCCAGACCCAGAGGCUACCGAAGUGGGCUCUGUCCAGGCCCAGACCCAACAGUUCUAUCUGGGCUUGUCCACUGUCAAGAAUAAGGCUGUGGAUGCUGCUCAAGCAAGGAAAAGAAGGAUUGAAAUUUGCAGAGCCAAACUACGUCAUGCGUCUAAAUAAUUAUGAUUAUUUAUUUUUUGAAAAUAAUGAUAAUGAUUAUGAGAGGUUUUAGUUUUGAAUGGAAGUAAAUGAGGACAUUUUUGAGUUUUGUAGAAUUUCCUUUGGUGUAGAAUUCCAAAUUGACUCCUUAGUUGGGGGUGAUUCUCUUCUCUGUACUGCCAGCUGCAUUGGAUUACCAAGGUUAGGUUGUAUAGUUCUAAUCAGAUUCAACGACAUAUAUUUCAUAAGUAAUGAUAGAUAUCCCAA